CAAAGACACGGUUGGGACAAAGACUCGACAUUUUUGAGAAGGUUCCGUGGAUCGUGCACUUCGCAACGAUGCCGACGCUGCUGAGCCCUGCUGCCGCGUCCAAGUGGACAGACAACCAGCAAACCCUGCAGGAAGUCGUCGAGAAGGACGCGCAAGAGAUGCGUAUGGUCGAGCAGAUGACGACGCUCGUGGCGAUCGACAACCAGCUCGCGCAUUGCCAUGCCUCCCGCCCGGUCACGCAGGACGAAGUCGAGCGCACGAUUGCGUGGUUGCAGCAACACCAGGACAAAAAGUCGACGGAUUUCAUUCACACACUGCUGCACUGGAUCAAAGAUCGCGACGACGAGAAUGGCGAGUCGCCGGCGUCGUUGCCGUUGACGUGGGCCACGACGACGCUGAGCUUUUCGUGGGAAGAACGGAGCUUUGGCGUGUUGAACGCCCCGUUGAUCGUGGACAUGCUGCACGCGCGACGGCUACUCUUGUCCGGGGGCCUCUUGCAUGCGUCGGAGGCGGACAAGAUUGAAUUCUCCAAGUGGUUUGAGGAGUUUCUGGAUCACCUGACGUUCUGCGACGUCCUCAAGCAGCGGCUGCUCCACGACAAGGGGCAGAUGACGAACAAAGCCAUCAAGGUUGCGACGCAGUACCACCGCGUGCAAAAGUGCUACGACGAGUCGUUGUGGGUGCCCACGGGUGCGCCGUACUCGGACAAGGUGCUGGAAUGCAUGGACGAAGCCGAACGAGUGCUGCGGGACGAGGAGAAGGCUGUGGCCGAGGCCAACCUGGUCGUCAUGACGCCGUCGUUGGAAACGGAAGCGUUCAGCAACCUGUUUACGCACAUCCGAGCGGACGCGGAGGAAGGCACGUUCGUCGCCAAGUUGGUGGCGUGGAUGCAGCAUGCGCUUCCAGACGACGACUUCGAAGCCAUCUACUCGUUCUUCCAGCACGAUGUCAAAGCCAGCCUCGCGGGCGAAUGGAUCCAAGAAUACGCUGAACACAUGCAUCGACUCGACCCGUUCGACGUCGACUUCCACUACUCGGUUGUGUAUCCCCGGUCCCGGGCCGACAUCGUCGACUCGGCCGCCGCGCUCUGUAAUUAAUGGUUAUGUACAAUUCUUUCUUGCGGCGCUUCAUGGAGCAGUGUCUUGCAUGAAGCGGGCGCUCCUCUCGUUGCC